UCUUCGCCCCGGAGCGCAACUGAGAAAACAAAAAAAAAAGCCAGCGGCCGAGCCCUCCACCGCCGCCGCCGCCGCCGCCGGCUGCCAACCACCGCCUCGUCUCCCUCACACCUCGUCGGCCUACGCCCUCUCCCUCCCCCCCUUCCCCUCUCCUCACAGAUCAGUGCGCCCCCUCCUCCUCCAGCUCGCCUUCCUCGCCCCCUCCUCGACGUCCUCGUCGGGUGCGCCGUGCAUCACCCGGCUGGCGCGCGCCGGCUGACCCAGCCGUCUAUCGCAGCCCCGUCAUCGUCACGCACCCGGGCGAGGGGCGACAGCGCGGCCUGGAGGAUCAGAGCCUCCUACGGCGCAGCAGGGCGACGACACCUCCACCUCCUACAUCGGCGCUUCCUAAGUCAAGUUCGUCGAGGCCGGCAGCGCCCGCGCCGUCCCGCUCAUCUACAAGGCUACAACGAGCCCGCGAGCGCCUCCUCGAGGACGCAACGAAGGCUGUGAUGGCUGUGAGCUUGAAAACAAUCCCAGAAAUACAGAAGGUAUACAAGCGGAGAGUGCGCCGGCAGGUCCCUGUGAUACCUGACGAGAUUGUCUUUGAGAUUCUUGUCCGGCUGCCUGUUAAAGCUAUCAUAAGGUUCAAGUCCGUCAACAAGACUUGGCAUGCUAUCAUCUCUCAUCCAUGCUUCAUCGGUUCACAUUUCCAACAAUCUGCCAAGAACCAAGAACGUAAGCCUUCCUUCCUCAUCACCCCACAUAUCCUGGACAAGGUGAUCGAUAGCGAGGCCUGGCCAACCACCUUUUCCAACUACAUCCCCUUCUACUCAUGGCAAGAGGGCCAGGACAAUGCGUGCCUUGUUCACUCAACAACCUUCCGUGGCGAGUUUGGGUCAGUUCACAACAUGGUGCACUGCGACGGGCUUGUAGUGCUCCUGACCAACACCAAGGUGUUUGUCUUCAACCCAGCAAUACAUGAUGUCCUUAAGCUGCGUAAUGGCCAAAAGGAUGAGUGGCAAUUCCCGACUGUCGGUUUGGGCUUUGACCCACGCACGAGCAAGUACAAGGUUGCUCGCUUCUUUUACGGUUCAAUAAAUUUUUCUACAAGGACUUAUAGUGUGGGAAUGGAAAUCUUUACUAUCGGUGGUGAUGAUAACUCCUGGCGGAGUGUUGCGGAGGAUCCACCGUUGCCAAUUGAGCCGGGGACUGUCACACACUUUAAGGGCUCUUUGUAUUUGCUUGUAUGGGAUGAACUCGUUGAAAGGUGCCCACAAGGUGUUCUUCGCUUCAGUUUAGAAGAUGAAACAUUUAGUUUCAUAUGCCAUCCUCAACUUCAGUCAUGCAAAGGGGAGCGGCUCAACUUUAUUGAGCUAGGUGGAGAACUAUGCCUAGCUCAAUGCCUUGAUGGGAAACAAGUAAUAUGGAUGCUGCACUCUGUCGACGGUCAUGAAUGGAUUCAACACCGUGUUAUUAUCUUACCUAAGCCAGAGCUGUACAAAACUUUAUCGGUCCUUCCUAAAGAUGUUUUGCUUAUUCGCAGUGGUAAUUGUCUUUACCACUAUGCUGAUGCCCGUCGAGAUGCAAGGGAAGUGGGUCGUCUGGAUCAGCUGAGGUAUAAGAAUCCUAGAGUUGGGUCCUUUGAUUAUGUUGGUCUGGAUACCUUCAUCUUCGACAUGUUUUCAUACACGGAGAGUCUUCAUCCAGUGACAAAGCAAGGCAAACAGAGAAUCUAUAAGGAUGGAAAUGAAGCAUUAGAUGGAUGAUGAAAAGCAUUCGAGAGAAGCCAUCUUAAAUAUCAGUUUAGUUUGUCUUUUACUCCCAAUGUAAACUAAUAUAAGAACGUUUAGAUUACUAAAGUAGUGAUCUAAAUGCUCUUAUAUUAGUUUACGGAGGGAGUAUCAUUGUAACCGCAGGCCAUACGGGGCCAUACAUGUACCGUUUGUUUACCUGCCUGAACAAUG